UUCUGUCACUAGACGAAAAGUAUACUUCUGCUUAGGUUUUUUUACCACGAAAUAAUAUUCUAGCAGAAAGUGAUACAAAUACUUUAUAUAAUAAAAUAAAGUUUCUUUUAAAACAUGAUAUAAUAUGAAGGAAAAUUUGCAUGUGCCUGCAAUGGUUUCAUACGGUAAGAAAUCUUCGGCCGAGUGGUUCAUUGAACAGUUGAAUGUGGAAAACGCGAAAUUAGUAGCGUUUGUGUUAGUGUUGGGCUUCAUUGGAUACCACGGAAUACUACAUUUGCGGUAUGGGCCAGAUUCAUGCACAUGGCUGUUGUCAUCAGGACGUUACAAAGGAGACCAUGAGUGGCAACCAUACGGAUGCAUGUUACACAGAUAUUCAAAAACAGAUGCGAGGCGAUGUCUCCGGUAUUUAGCCUUUUGGGGUAAAUACAACAGUUUCGCUUUCAUCGGUGAUUCGCGGUUAGAGCAGUUAUAUGAAUAUUUUAUAGGUGUACUAAAGACAAGGCUAGAUAUGGACACUUCCUACUCCACUAUAGAUCACCACAUGCCCAACUACACAUACGUGGACAACAAGUUAAGGCUGUCAGUCACUUUCAUCUGGAGCGAGGAUGUCUCCAAGACCAUGGUGGAGCAGUUUAGGACAUGGCAGCGUUCAGACCAACCGCCAUCACUAAUCGUAGCGUCCACUGGUCUCCAACUCCUCCGCACGCGCAACACAACAGAUCAAGUCCUGGAGGAGUACAAGCGGAACCUCACCCGCCUGGUGCAGCCGAUCGACUCUCUCCACGCGAGACAUACCCAGGUGCUGUGGAAACUCAUGGAAGCCGUGGACAAUGCUGAUGAGAAUAAGAGGAUCAGCAAUGCGGAUAUCGAUGCGUAUAAUAGGGCUGCUGUUGAGAUCCUAAGCCACAGCGCGGCUCGUCUCUGGCAGUCGUCUCGUUUGGUAUGGGGCGGUGGCGGUACUGGCGGUACUGGCGGUACUGGCGGUACGUCGCUGUGGCGGCGGCACUGUUCUCAGAUCCUGCUGAACAUGUUCUGCAAUGAUCACAUGAACUUCAACGACGGCUCGUGUUGUGCCCAACCGGAACCCCACACGCCGCUGCAGCUCUUCACCAUCGCGCUGUUUCUGUUCUGCGCAGUUGUGGCGUUGGCUCGCGGCGUGUGGCGCUGGACGUCCACCCUGGCGGCGAGACGCGGGGGGUACUCGCUGGUCACCCCUCCUCCCCUGCCUGGACCAUCUCCCCUGCUCGCACUCGCUAAGCUCGGUAUGCUCAUGGCGUACUUCUACUUGUGCGACAGGACCAACUUCUUCAUGAAGGAGAAUAAAUAUUACUCAGAGUGGAGUUUCUGGUUGCCCGUGGGAUAUGUGUUUGCUCUGGGGCUGUUCUUUACUGAUGAUUCUAGGUCUAACAGAGUCCUCCAUCGCGACCAAACAAACGAGUGGAAGGGUUGGAUGCAGCUGGUGAUCCUGGUGUACCAAGUGACAGGCGCCAGCAAGGUGUUACCCAUCUACAUGCUGGUACGAGCGCUGGUAUCCGCAUACCUGUUCCUCACGGGCUACGGACACUUCUACUACACCUGGAACAACGGAUACACUGGCCUCGUCAGAUACUUCCGAGUGAUAUUCCGCUUGAACUUCCUGACGGUUGUCCUGUGCCUGACCAUGAAUAGGCCGUACCAGUUUUACAGUUUCAUACCUUUGGUCUCGUUUUGGUAUACUUUGAUGUUCGCGAUCUUCGCCCUGCCCCCGCACCUCAGCCCCGCCGCCUCUCACACCGUGGAGUCCAAACCUUACCAGUAUGUCUACAUAGCGAUGAAGAUCAUCGGGCUGCUGUCCAUCGUCACAGUGCUGUACAUGAGCGAGGUGUUCUUCCAGAAGAUCUUCGUCACGAGGCCGUGGAAGGCUCUGUUCGUGAACUCCGACGACGAUAUACACCAGUGGUGGUUGCAGUGGAAACAGGAUAGGUACUCAAUCGCUUACGGUAUUAUAUUCGCGCUGGCGUAUCUUCUAGCGCAACGGUACAACUUGCUAGACGACAACAACCACAGCAACCUGUUCACCCCGGGCGUGUCCCUCUCCGCCACGCUCCUCGCCUUCAUCGGCAUCGGGAGCUACGUCACCUUCACAUUCUUCUGCACCAAUAUCUUCGACUGCAACGAAAUACACAGCUACGUAGCAUUCUUACCCAUAGUGAGUUAUAUAAUACUGAGGAACGUGUCCGGGGUACUGAGGAUGCGUCAUUCUAGCAUGUUCGCGUGGUUCGGCACGAUUACGCUGGAGUUGUUCGUCAGUCAGUCUCAUAUCUGGCUGGCAGCUGACACGCAUGGAGUGUUGGUGUUGGUGCCCAGCGCUCCGAUACUCAACCUUAUUCUGACGUCGUAUAUAUUCGUGUGUACGGCACACGAGUUGCACAAACUGACUAUGAUAAUUCUGCCAUACGCUGUACCGGAUGAUUGGAGGCUUGUUUUGCGAAAUUUCGCUAUAUUUUUAGCGGUUUUAGUACCUAUAGGUAUACACGAUGGUAUGUUUUAGUGAUUUUUUAAGAACGAGGUGUAAAUUUAAUGGUUCUAGAUAGACGUCAUUGGACGUCGCGGUACUAGGUUGACGUGAUUGUACGUCAAGUUAACGUUAUGUCGUUUGUUGUUAAUGGAAUUUUGUAAAUAUGCUCUCGCUUAUACCCGAAGCAGCAGGCAGUAAUGCAAAUAGUUCAUCUACUUACAUUGAAGCCAGGGUAACUACUGGAUAUAAUAAGACUUAACAUCUCAUGUCUUACGAUGGCGAGCGCAGUGGAAUACCAAACAAUACUUUGUAAUUCAAGGUGUUGGUGUUUCUACUGUUUAUGGGCGGUCGUAUUGCUUACCAUCAGGCGAACGGCAAGCUCGUCUCGUCAUGCAAAGCAAAAAAACCUUCGGUUAGCCGAUUUAAAGUACAUUUUCACACAUAUUUUGAUUUUGUAUACGAUGAUCUCUACUUGUUUAUUUUUAUAGUAUAACGUAUGACGUCAGAUUGUCCAUACAAAUGUAUUUUUUAUCUAACAUUAGCUAUAGAGUGUAUAUGUUUUAUUUACAAAAGGAAGUUAAUUACUGAACCUCUAGUCGGAAUAUUUAUAAUGGAACAAAAUUAUUUUCGAGUAAAGUUUUCCUUUCAAAGGUAGAUAUUAUGUUUAAGUUUUAAACUAAUUUUUUUUAUACGCACGGUAUAGUGACUCCACUGUAUCUGAUGGUGAGUGGAGUGGGGUCCAAUAGAAUGUCGAAUGACUAGAGAUGAUUAUCCCUCGGCAGUCGACACAAUUAUGCCGGCCUGUCGGAACCGGAAAAACUUAACUAUACUAUAAAACGACACUGAAAGAAACGAUGUUUUUUGUACAAAUAACAUAAAUUUAAUAAUGAUUAGUAUGUUUAUUCAGUCAGUUAUAUUGACUAUUCUUCAAACUGGAACAUAAUGCUUGGAUAAUACUGCUUGACAGUAGAAUAUAAUAAAAAAAGAUUUUUUUACUCAACAGGUCCCAAUUAGGUUUUUUUUAUUUUUAUUUGCAUACCUAUUGAUCACACAUUCUACGCUUAAAAGUCUAAUAGAAAAAUCGAAACAUUAUAUAUAGUACAUGUAAACAGCAAACCAAAUGUAAAUAAUGUGCAUUGAUUAUUUCUUGAUAUCAUCCACAAGGACGUGCCCGACUACCUUUAGAGGGGGGGUGUAGGGGGGUUUCAGGAGAAGGAGGCCAAGCCUCAGCCUCGAAGCUGUUCAGCGUAGUGUGCGUGUGCACUGUAGCUGCUCACGCGCAUUGGAAGGGGCUAGGGAAAGUAGUUAGGCGAGUCUUCGUGGAUAAAAUGAGCCGUGUGAAUUUAUUACUAGAAAUAAUCGUUUUUUGAAUAUCUUUUAAAAAACAUAUACAUCAACGCGGGACGGAAUGUUCUCGCCAUUGCGCGUGUUCAAAAAUUGUGUAUCAUUAUUGCUAGUAAUAAAUCGUCUUAUUGCUAUUUUGAAAAUGAUCGCUUUUUUUUAUCUAUCUCAAAAAUGGACCAAUCAGAACGAAGUUUUUUUUGCCGUGCGUACAAAUGAGUUAUUGAUUGGUUCAUCUCGAAAGCGGAUUGAAGAUUGAGGUUGGGAUCGUU